AUGAUCUCUACCGGAGGGUUUGCAGUGCCUUCAGGGCCCUUGUCCAUUUUAGGCUUCAUUUUCUCGGUGGUUACUUGGCUGUUUAUAAGGUGGCCAUUCCAUUCCAAAGCACGAAACAUUGUCAUAAAAGACAAAAGAGACGAAAAACUGUUCGUCACUCCUCUGCCUACUCUGGUGACCGAUGACCCUUUGAGUACCUCUCCCAAACUAUAUCGUCCAUUCAGGCAUGGCCCGAAUUUCAUCACAAUGGGCAUUCGCAAACUUAGCUGGGACAAUUGGAUUGAAAUGGACUCGUAUUUCCUUCGAUAUCAUGACAUGAAGGCAUCAGAAUUGAAUAAGGACUUCAAUUCUCACGUAAAGUAUGUCGAUAAUCCGACAACAAAAGAUGCUUGCUUCGAGCUUUAUGAAGAGUUGGUCCGAUAUUUGACGCAUCGGUACCCCAAGAUCUACCGCUGGGAGGGAGACAAGGUGCAUAACAGUCUGACGAAAGAGAUAUUUGCUUUCCCAGCAUAUGGGCAUUAUCAUCUUGAUGCCGCUGCAGUAUGCCUUCCUGGCUUCUGGCGUCUUAAAGAAAAGUUCCGCAUGUCACUCGACACACUGCACUUCGAGGCGGGCGUUCCUCACUAUGCUGCUAAGCUUCAAAAGUCAAUGAAUCGAUUCUUCCAGAAUCUCACACCUGACAAGCCAGUGGAAAGGAACAAUUUUUUCAUUCAGCUUGACGACGGGCUCCAUUGGUCACAUCGCAUGGGUGACCAAGCAGGCACAGAAGUUGCAUCAUGGGCUACGGCAAAUAGCAACGAUCUCUCCAUUGAUGAAAUACACUUCCGCUCCGAGCGACAGACUCUUCGUCGACUACCGCGCUCUAAGGCUGUGAUAUUUACGGUUCGCACAUAUUUUGAGCCAGUAACACGGAUCGCUCAGGAGCCGCAUAUCCCCGGUCGCCUGGCAGAAGCUAUUCGGAACUGGGAUGAGACUGUGUCCUUCUAUAAGGGAAAGUCCCAUUGGGACAAGAUACUGCUCCCAUAUUUGGAUGAGCAGGAUCGACUUCAGAAAGAGCGAGGAGUUGUGGAGCAAAAUGAGGAGGUUUUAUUUCCUUAUUAA